CCCCGGGCGCGCCCCGGAAGGAGGGGCGCAGUCUCCUGGCCAGUUCUCUGCCGCGCUCCCGCGGCUGGUGUCCGGUGUCCAAUUCCGAGGGCUCGACUGGCUGGGGCUGGGCUAGCUUGUGUGCCCGCGGCGGGUAGUGGCAGGCAUUCUCUGAGCAACAGGAGCCCAGAGAAAGAGGGAGCAUCACUUGCAGCGGAGAGAACGCCAGGGGAAGGAGGCCGGGAGCAAGUAAGGGCCCCUGAAGCCUGCGCCCUCCCUGGGGCGAGACCCUGUGGGCACUCUGGAUGGACGUGGUCCGCGGCAAGGUAGCAAGCCUCUUAUGUAAGGAGCUGAAAGGGAAAUAAAAUAUACAGGAUGAAAAGAUGGCAGCGUUGCCUCCCCCAGGACCUCAGAGCUUCGUCUACUUCACAAAACAAUCUCUUGCCCUCAUUGAACAACGCAUUGCUGAAGGAAAAACAAAGGAACCCAAAGAAGAAAAGAAAGAUGAUGAGGAAGAAGGCCCGAAGCCAAGCAGUGACUUGGAAGCUGGCAAACAGCUCCCCUUCAUCUAUGGGGACAUCCCCCCAGGCAUGGUGUCUGAGCCCCUGGAGGACCUGGACCCCUACUAUGCAGACAAAAAAACUUUCAUAGUGUUAAACAAAGGGAAAACAAUCUUCCGUUUCAAUGCUGCCCCUGCUUUGUACAUGCUUUCUCCUUUCAGUCCUCUAAGAAGAAUAUCUAUUAAGAUUUUAGUACAUGCCUUAUUCAGCAUGCUUAUCAUGUGCACUAUUCUGACGAACUGCAUAUUUAUGACCAUGAGUAACCCUCCAGAUUGGACCAAGAAUGUAGAGUACACUUUUACUGGAAUAUAUACUUUUGAAUCACUUGUAAAAAUUCUUGCAAGAGGCUUCUGUAUAGGAGAAUUCACUUUCCUUCGUGACCCGUGGAACUGGCUUGAUUUUGUCGUCAUUGUUUUUGCGUAUUUAACAGAAUUUGUAAACCUAGGCAAUGUUUCAGCUCUUCGAACUUUCAGAGUGUUGAGAGCUUUGAAAACUAUUUCUGUAAUCCCAGGCCUGAAGACCAUUGUGGGGGCUCUGAUCCAGUCUGUGAAGAAGCUCUCUGAUGUCAUGAUCCUGACUGUGUUCUGUUUGAGCGUCUUUGCACUGAUUGGGCUGCAGCUGUUUAUGGGCAACCUGAAGCACAAAUGUGUGCGGUCACCCCUUGAAACUAAUGAAACAAUAGAAAGCAUAUUGCUUAACCUUGAUGAAGAAGAGUAUAAAAAAUAUUUGUAUUACUUGGAGGGAUCCAAAGAUGCUCUCCUUUGUGGUUUCAGCACAGAUUCAGGUCAGUGCCCAGAAGGGUACAUCUGCAUGAAGGUUGGCAGGAACCCUGAUUAUGGCUACACGAGCUUCGAUACCUUCAGUUGGGCCUUCUUAGCCUUGUUUCGACUAAUGACCCAGGAUUACUGGGAAAACCUUUACCAACAGACCCUGCGUGCAGCUGGGAAAACCUACAUGAUCUUCUUUGUUGUGGUGAUUUUCCUGGGCUCCUUUUAUCUAAUAAACUUGAUCCUGGCUGUGGUUGCUAUGGCCUAUGAAGAACAGAACCAGGCAAACAUCGAAGAAGCUAGGCAGAAAGAAUUAGAAUUUCAACAGAUGUUAGAGCGACUUAAGAAAGAGCAAGAGGAAGCUGAGGCAAUAGCACUGGCAGCAGCUGAAUACACAAGCAUUGGGAGAAGCCGAAUAAUGGGCCUUUCGGAGAGUUCUUCUGAAACGUCCAAGCUGAGCUCCAAAAGUGCUAAAGAAAGAAGAAACAGAAGGAAGAAAAAGAAUCAAAAAAAGCUCUCCAGUGGGGAAGAAAAGGGAGAUGAUGAGAAACUGUCCAAAUCAGAAUCAGAGGAGAGCAUCAGGAGAAAAAGUUUCCACCUUGGUGUUGAAGGCCACAUGCGAGCUCGUGAAAAGAGAUUGUCCACCCCUAACCAGUCACCACUCAGCAUCCGUGGCUCCUUGUUUUCUGCAAGGCGGAGCAGCAGAACAAGUCUUUUUAGUUUCAGAGGUCGAGGAAAAGAUAUUGGAUCUGAAACAGAAUUUGCCGACGAUGAACAUAGCAUUUUCGGAGACAAUGAGAGCCGAAGGGGCUCACUGUUUGUGCCACAUAGACCUCGGGAGCGACGCAGCAGUAACAUCAGUCAGGCCAGUAGAUCCCCCCCAGUGCUGCCGGUGAACGGGAAGAUGCACAGUGCCGUCGACUGCAAUGGUGUGGUCUCCUUGGUUGAUGGACCCUCAGCUCUCAUGCUCCCCAAUGGACAGCUUCUGCCAGAGGUGAUAAUAGAUAAGGCAACUUCUGAUGACAGCGGUACAACCAAUCAAAUACGCAAGAAAAGACGUCCCAGUUCUUACCUCCUUUCUGAGGAUAUGUUGAAUGAUCCCAAUCUCAGACAAAGGGCUAUGAGUCGGGCAAGCAUAUUAACAAACACUGUUGAAGAACUUGAGGAAUCCAGACAAAAAUGCCCGCCUUGGUGGUACAGAUUUGCACACACGUUCUUGAUCUGGAAUUGCUCUCCAUAUUGGAUAAAAUUCAAAAAACUUAUCUAUUUUAUUGUAAUGGAUCCUUUUGUAGAUCUUGCCAUUACCAUUUGCAUAGUUUUAAACACAUUGUUCAUGGCUAUGGAACAUCACCCCAUGACUGAUGAAUUCAAAAAUGUGCUCACUGUGGGAAAUUUGGUCUUUACUGGCAUCUUUGCAGCUGAAAUGGUGUUAAAACUAAUUGCCAUGGAUCCAUAUGAGUAUUUUCAAGUAGGAUGGAAUAUAUUUGACAGCCUUAUUGUGACCUUAAGCUUAGUGGAACUUUUCCUAGCGGAUGUGGAAGGAUUGUCAGUUCUACGAUCAUUCAGACUGCUCCGAGUUUUCAAGUUGGCAAAAUCUUGGCCAACACUGAACAUGCUGAUAAAGAUCAUUGGCAAUUCUGUGGGGGCUCUAGGUAACCUGACCUUGGUGUUGGCCAUCAUUGUCUUCAUCUUUGCUGUGGUCGGCAUGCAGCUCUUUGGCAAGAGCUACAAAGAAUGUGUCUGCAAGAUCAAUGAAGACUGUACACUCCCACGCUGGCACAUGAAUGACUUCUUCCACUCCUUCCUGAUUGUGUUCCGGGUGCUGUGUGGAGAGUGGAUAGAGACCAUGUGGGACUGCAUGGAGGUCGCUGGUCAGGCCAUGUGCCUUAUUGUUUACAUGAUGGUCAUGGUCAUUGGAAACCUGGUGGUUCUCAACCUAUUUCUCGCCUUAUUACUGAGCUCAUUUAGUUCAGACAAUCUUACAGCCAUUGACGAAGACACUGAUGCAAACAAUCUCCAGAUCGCAGUGACCAGAAUUAAGAAAGGAAUAAAUUAUGUGAAACAGACCUUACGUGAAUUUAUUCUAAAAGCAUUUUCCAAAAAGCCUGAGAUUUCCAAAGAGAUAAGACGAGCAGAAGAUCUCAAUUAUAAGAGAGAAAACUAUAUCUCUAACCGCACACUUGCUGAAAUGAGCAAGGAUCACAAUUUCCACAAAGAAAAAGAUAAAACCAGUGGUUUGGGGAACAGUGUGGACAAAUACUUGAUGGAAGAAAGUGAUUGUCAAUCAUUUAUUCACAAUCCCAGCCUCACAGUGACAGUGCCAAUUGCACCUGGGGAAUCUGAUUUGGAAAUUAUGAAUACUGAGGAACUUAGCAGUGAUUCAGAUAGUGAAUACAGCAAAGGGAGGCUGAACCGAUCGAGUUCUUCCGAGUGCAGCACCAUUGAUAACCCUUUGCCAGGAGAAGGAGAAGAAGCAGAAGCUGAGCCUGUAAAUUCAGAUGAGCCAGAGGCCUGUUUUACAGAUGGUUGUGUACGGAGGUUCCCAUGCUGCCAAGUGAACAUAGAAUCAGGGAGAGGAAAAAUCUGGUGGAAUAUCAGGAAAACCUGCUACAGGAUCGUUGAGCACAGUUGGUUUGAAAGCUUCAUUGUUCUCAUGAUCCUGCUCAGCAGUGGUGCUCUGGCUUUUGAAGAUAUAUAUAUUGAAAAGAAAAAGACCAUCAAGAUUAUCCUGGAGUAUGCUGACAAGAUAUUUACUUAUAUCUUCAUUCUGGAAAUGCUUCUAAAAUGGGUAGCAUAUGGUUAUAAAACCUAUUUCACUAAUGCCUGGUGUUGGCUGGAUUUCUUAAUUGUCGAUGUUUCUUUGGUUACUUUAGUCGCAAACACUCUUGGCUACUCAGACCUUGGUCCCAUUAAAUCCCUUCGGACACUUAGAGCUUUAAGACCUCUAAGAGCUUUAUCUAGAUUUGAAGGAAUGAGGGUGGUCGUGAAUGCCCUCAUAGGUGCAAUUCCUUCCAUCAUGAAUGUGCUCCUUGUGUGUCUUAUAUUCUGGCUAAUAUUUAGCAUCAUGGGAGUAAAUCUGUUUGCUGGCAAAUUCUAUGAGUGUAUUAACACCACAGACGGGUCACGGUUUCCUACAAGCGAAGUUGAAAAUCGUUCUGCAUGUUUUGCGCUUAUGAAUGUUAGUCAAAAUGUGCGAUGGAAAAACCUGAAAGUGAACUUCGAUAAUGUUGGACUUGGUUACCUGUCUCUGCUUCAAGUUGCAACAUUUAAGGGAUGGAUGGAUAUUAUGUAUGCAGCGGUUGAUUCUGUUAACGUAGACAAGCAGCCCAUAUAUGAGUACAGCCUCUACAUGUACAUUUAUUUUGUCAUCUUUAUCAUCUUUGGGUCAUUCUUCACUUUGAACUUGUUCAUUGGUGUCAUCAUAGAUAAUUUCAAUCAACAGAAAAAGAAGCUUGGAGGUCAAGAUAUCUUUAUGACGGAAGAACAGAAGAAAUAUUAUAAUGCAAUGAAAAAGCUGGGAUCCAAGAAACCACAAAAGCCUAUACCUCGGCCAGGGAACAAAUUCCAAGGAUGUAUAUUUGACCUAGUAACAAACCAAGCAUUUGAUAUCACCAUCAUGGUUCUUAUCUGCCUCAACAUGGUAACCAUGAUGGUAGAAAAAGAGGGACAAAGUUCAUACAUGACUGAAGUUUUAAACUGGAUCAAUGUGGUUUUUAUUAUCCUUUUCACUGGAGAAUGUGUGCUGAAACUGAUCUCCCUCAGACACUACUACUUCACUGUAGGAUGGAACAUUUUUGAUUUUGUGGUUGUGAUUCUCUCCAUUGUAGGUAUGUUCCUAGCAGAUUUGAUAGAAAGGUAUUUUGUGUCCCCUACCCUGUUCCGAGUGAUCCGUCUUGCCAGGAUUGGCCGCAUCCUGCGUCUGAUCAAAGGGGCCAAGGGGAUCCGCACGCUGCUCUUUGCUUUGAUGAUGUCCCUGCCUGCGCUGUUCAACAUCGGCCUCCUGCUCUUCCUGGUCAUGUUCAUCUACGCCAUCUUUGGAAUGUCCAACUUCGCCUAUGUUAAGAAGGAAGCUGGAAUUAAUGACAUGUUCAACUUUGAGACCUUUGGCAACAGCAUGAUCUGCCUGUUCCAGAUCACCACCUCUGCUGGCUGGGAUGGACUGCUAGCACCUAUUCUUAAUAGUGCACCACCUGAUUGUGACCCCAAAAAAGUUCAUCCUGGAAGUUCAGUUGAAGGAGACUGUGGGAAUCCAUCUGUUGGGAUAUUCUAUUUUGUCAGUUACAUCAUCAUAUCAUUUCUGGUCGUGGUGAAUAUGUACAUUGCUGUCAUUCUAGAGAAUUUCAGUGUUGCUACUGAAGAAAGUACUGAGCCCCUGAGUGAGGAUGACUUUGAGAUGUUUUAUGAGGUUUGGGAGAAGUUUGAUCCAGAUGCAACACAGUUUAUAGAAUAUAGCAAACUCUCUGAUUUUGCAGCUGCCCUGGAUCCUCCUCUCCUCAUAGCAAAACCAAACAAAGUACAGCUCAUUGCCAUGGAUCUUCCCAUGGUUAGUGGAGACCGAAUCCAUUGUCUUGACAUCUUAUUUGCUUUUACAAAGCGUGUUUUGGGCGAAAGUGGAGAGAUGGACUCUCUUCGUUCACAAAUGGAAGAAAGGUUCAUGUCUGCAAAUCCUUCUAAAGUGUCCUAUGAACCCAUCACAACUACACUAAAACGAAAACAAGAGGAUGUGUCUGCUACUGUUAUUCAACGUGCUUACAGACGUUACCGCUUACGGAAAAAUGUAAAAAAUAUAUCGAGUAUAUACAUAAAAGAUGGAGACAGAGAUGAUGAUUUGCGCAAUAAAGAAGAUAUGGUUUUUGAUAACGUCAAUGACAACUCAAGUCCAGAAAAAACAGAUGCAACCCCAUCCACCAUCUCCCCACCUUCCUAUGAUAGUGUAACGAAACCAGACAAAGAGAAAUACGAACAAGACAAAACAGAAAAGGAAGACAAAGGGAAAGAUGGCAAGGAAGGGAAAAAAUAGAUCUUCAUUGUUGAUAUUUUGUUUACAGCCUGUGAAGGUGAUAUACUUGUGUUAAUAAGACUAUUUUAAGGAGGUCUAUGCCAAAACUCUUUUUAUCAAAAUAUUCUCAAAGUCAGUGCAGUUACUAGCUCCGAUUUCCUAACACAGGUGGGCAGCAUUAGCAGAUGGCUAUUUUUGCAUUGGCAAACGAUUCUGUAAGAAUUGUUAAGAGUAACUCUACAGGGAUUAUUGAUUAUAGCAAGCAAAGGUGAUUCAAUUUUGUUUACUUUUAAUAAAUCAGAAGACCAUGUAGAAAAUGUUGACAUCCGCCUUGUCAUCUUUUCACAGGAUUGUAAACAUUCAUGUUUUCCAUGCACACACACACACACACACACACACACACACACACACACUCACAAAUAUCUAUCAUUUCUACAGAAGUAUUUUGCCUUGACUUUGCAAUGAAAUGCCCUGAUAGAAGGAAUGGAUAUUGGGUAAUGAAUGUUUAGUUAAAAUAUCUUAUUAUUUGGGGGCAAGACUCUUUUAUCUAUGUAUAGAGGUCAUUCUAUAUUUUGAGGUGCUUAAAUUUAUUCCAUACUUCAUCAAAACCAAUUUACAUGUGCCUAUUAAAUGUCAUGGGAUUAAAAACAUAUGUAGGCUAUUCAGUUCAACAAAUACUUUUUAUUCAUCUUAAUUCAUGUACCAGCUAGGGCAAGAGUUACCUUUAGAGUAUUGUGCUCCAUAGGCUGCCUUUUUCUAUAUCCUUUUUUGUUCAUAUAAUAACCAUGGAACAUGAAAAACAAUUUUAAGUAUGUAUCAUGUUCCUCAAAAGAAAAAAAAAUGAAGAUAAUUGAGGGAAAAAAAGCUACUGGAGAAAGCUUUAUACCCUUUUAUUUAUACAGUGUAACACUGGACUGUGCUGUCCAAAAAUAUCAAUAAUUGAGACCCAACUCUCAAAUCAUUUUUGUCACAGUUUUCUGCUUUCUCAUGCAGUAUUGUUUAGUCAUUCUUUAGCACUAAGCAGAGUUGAUAUUUCUCUUCAAUGGCAUGCUUCCAGAUAUGCAGAUAGAUAUUUGAUCCUACGGUACAUGUUUGAGCACAUAAUGACUUGGGCACAGUAUUUACUGUAUCACCUGCAUACCAUCCUAAAUGUGUAUGACAAGCUUUCAAGUCAUAAUACAUGUCAGGCUUUCAACACAGACUUGUGUAUAGUAAAAAUGAAAUAGCAUUCAAUUGAGAUUCUUGCCAACUUGCUUUCCUAUUUGGUACUAGUUAUACUCUUCAACCAACCUCUAUUCUUCUACAGAAAGAGGAGUAUGUCACAUGCUCCUUAAAAUUUUAUGACUAUGAGAUAUAUUAUGUAUCAGUCAGUAACAUAACCUGAGCUUAUAAUUUAUGAAGCACACAUUCAUUUUGCUUUAGCAGUUGUCCUUCUACCAAGGAUUAUAAAUCUGGUUUUAAAAAAUUCUUGAUAAUAAUGGCUUAAAAAGAGGUAGCCAUGAUGCAUUUUUUUAUGAGUUUAUUUCAAGAAUAUGAGAUCUUUUGACUUAUUCAUGCACAGGCAAAAAUUGAGUUACAUAAGUAGAAAAUAAUUUUAUUUAGAAAAUUUUGUGGGAGUUUCCAAAGCAAAUAUAUAUAACAAUAUUUAUUUAUUCAUUUGCUUUCUUAGAUGAAAAAUAACACAAAUUAUAUUUCUAUAUUAAGUACUUAAAACAUAUUUUUAAUUGUUCUGCCUACUUAAAAAUAAAGGAGUUUUAAACAUACUUAUAGAGAUGGAGAAGUAUGGGAAGAAAAUGAGAGACAGAGAAGCAAAGAAAUACAGAUAUGAAAAAGACCAAUAAAAAGGUGACAUUUCCAUAGUAUUUCCUUACUAGAACAUUUUUUAAUUGCGCUGUGUUUUACAACAACCAUGCAGGAAAUGAUCACUUCUAGACACCUGUCCUAAGGCAUGUAUAAAAUUACAUCUAGAGCCAAAGAUUCUCUACACCUAAGUUCAAUGAUUUAUCUUAUUAUUUGAGCCUCUUUUUUAUUUAAUAUGUAAGAAACCAGGCAGUGUUUUCCUAGACUGGAAAACAGUCAAGCAUUGCAUCACAUCCCUACUAAAUCUGUUGGAAAUAGGUUUUGACAAUUUAAUUAGAAAACCAUGCAAAAUAUAUUACAUUUGUAGAAUUUUUUAAUACAUUAAAUUAAUAAAUGAAUAUUAAUUUAAAUAUGAAUGCAAUUUAUCCUCAUCAUUUUGAAUCCACAUAAAUAUAACUGGACUUUGCAUAUUUAUAUAAUUCAGUGUGAAAAGAUGUAUAGUUGGCAGGUUUAUGUGUGAUUUACUAUUUAAUGUUUUUACAUUGCCUGAUUUUUAUGUGAAAAAAAAAAUACUGGCAACUGGUUCCUCAACACACUCUUCUUAGUGUUUCAAAAAAAAAGAAAAAAAUUACAAAGUGGCACUUGCUCCUCUUUCAUGAUGAACUCUUUUUAAAAAAUAUAACAUGGUUAUGUAUGGUUUUUCAUAUAUGUUUCCCAGGAAUGUCUAGUUGUGACUUUCUAUCAAUUAAUAACAAUAUUUGGAACCAAGAGCUCAUUUAAUACAGCAGAGGCUUGAAGGAAAAUUAGACUUCUCUUUUCAUAUAGACUACUGUUUGGUACUGAUUAUAAAAUAUCACCCUCAGAAAGUACUAUCAUGUUAAUAUUUAAGUCACACAACCACUGAACUCAUUUUACCUAAUGAUAAAGAAUGGCAGUUACACUGUAAAAUUUUUAAAUUUAAAAUUGGAGUACAAUGGAAGUGAUCAGAUCUCAUUUUACCUUUUUGACUGUUACAUAGUUUGCAAAAGAUAUAAGUGACUUGUGGGCUGUUUCUAAAUGCUGAUUGUUGAAAAUGUCGACUCAAAAUAUUCAGCAUGAUUUUAUAGAAUUUUGAUAGCUUUAUUAAAGAGUUAAGAUAAAAUGCAUAUGUAAAUAAAGCAGUUCUAUUUAGCAAUUUCAGAGAAAUGUUAAUGAGAGUGAUGAAAGAAGGCCAGCUAAAUUAGAAUGGCCAAGUAAUUUGCUUGGGUUUAGGGCCUAUGUAUAGAGGGCACCAAUUUGUUUUAGUAUCUGCGGUUUAUUAUGUUAUAUUCUUGAGGGAAAUAAUCAAGAAUUACUGCAAAAAAUGAAUAGCCAUGAAUAUAAUAAUGCUCUUUACAUAGAAUUCUUUACAAAUUUCAUACAUCUAUGAAUGCUCAAAAUGUUUGAGUUGUCAUAUACUGUAGUUAUACUUGAGACUUACACAUUGUAAUAGAAUCUAAAAAUAAAAGUCAUCAAAAAAUAAAA